GUGGAGGCAGUGCAGGCCGUCCCAGAAUUACCAGCAGGCUUAACCACGGAGGUAGCUGUACCCCCGCCCGAAGGUCCUAAUUCGAACGCGGCCGCAAAGGAGGCAUCGAAACAAAACAAUAUAUGGGCUAUUGUAAAAACAUUCGAAACAAGAAGUUCCGCUCCAGACGAUAAAAGAAUCGCCAGGUGGGUUUUCCGAACCAGACAAACCUCCUAA